UGCUAAGAGGUGCUCAACUCUCAUUGGUAUAGGUGUGGCGCUCUCCUGCUUCUCUUCCGUUCGUCUCCCUGCGUAGGCUAGGGAGGUGAAGUCGUUCGGUUCCUGGUGCAUCCGCCGCAUUUUGCUUCCAUGGCCGACCUGGAGUUCUUUGGUGCUCAACAGCAGCCAACGGUCGCCGCCGAUAAUGGGGCGGUGGACGGAGCUGAGGAGGAUCCUGCCGCCGCUUUCCUGGCGCAGCAGGAGAACGAAAUCGCCGGCAUCGAGAACGAUGAAGGCUACAGCAUCUUGGAGAGCGGCGAGGUGCCGGCGGCGUUGCAGGGUCCAGAAGGUGCUGUUGAUGGAGUGGUUAAUGGAGAUGUCUAUCAGGAGAGUAAUGGUCCAACAGACACCUAUGCUGCCAUAUCCCAAGUAGAUCGACUGCAGUCAGAACCAGAGAGUAUUCGUAAGUGGAGAGAGGAGCAAAAGGAUCGUCUGGAGCAACUUGAUGCAAACUCACGAAAGCAGGAAGCAGAAUGGAAAGAGAAAGCAAUAAAGGAAUUGGAAGAGUGGUAUGCAAGGCAAGAUGAAAAUCUUCAGAAAACAAAAGCCAGCAACAGGGUGGCAGAUGAAGCUUUCUACAAACAACCCUUCGCUGACGUGAUUGGUUAUGUCACAAACAUAAAUCAUCCUUGCUACAGCCUAGAACAGGCAGCUGAAGAAGCCUUUGUGAAUGAUGCAGAAGACGUUUUUCCGGGCACUGAGUGGGAACGUGUGGCUCAGCUCUGUGACUUUAAUCCCAAGUCUAGUAAGCAGGCAAAAGAUGUGUCCCGCAUGCGUUCAGUCCUCAUCUCACUCAAGCAGGCUCCGCUGGUCCGCUGAAGGAGAGCACAAUGGAAACAUUAUAAAUGCAAUAUUUUAACCUUAUUCAGAGAAGCUGUGUUUGCUGUAAUUGGAUUAAUUGUUUCAAUGUUUUGGGUUUUUUUUGGACCAAACCUCAUGAUGUAUCUAGAGCUGAUUGUUGUUUGAUUGCAUGUUCUUCCUCAUGUUUCCUUUCUGUGUUUGAAAUGGGGGAAUCUCCAGAACUGUAGUCUCUGUGCUGUUGUGCACUGAGAUGUUACUCCCCACAUUACUGAUAUUAAAGAUUUGUUAAACAGCAAAAUGUGUUGAUUUUGGAU